AUAUAAAGCUCUCAGCUGCUUCUGCAGCCGGUAGAACAGGGACUCGGGUGUUCUGUCUUAGGGGCGAGUGAGGAGCCGGUGAAACACAAAUCUGGCCAAACUCUGAGAGGAAAAUUGGUAUAGCCUCCGGUUUAAUCCAGGAUCCACCGGUCUUCUGAUAACCAACUUGUCUACUGGUAUAGCUCUUCAAACAACCUCAUCAUGAUGCAGAUCUGCCAGGACUCCUACUGCAAUAAGCACUCGCUGCUGAACGUGAUGAACCGCUUCAUAGCGGCGGCCAACAACAUGGACGAGACCAUCAUGGUGCCCAGCCUGCUGAGGGACGUCCCCCUUGACGAGGAGGACGAGGCCUCUAUCACUCAAAACAACAAUGAUAACGAGCCCACCUGUCCAGGCAAACAGAGGGACAUGUACGAGCACUACCUGCUGCUGAAGUCUAUUAAGAAUGAGAUGGAGUGGGGCUUGCUGAAAAGGGAGAUGACUGGUGGGGCCAGCUUCCUGGAGAUGGCUGUGAAGCAGGAGGAGCAGCAGGUGAACGGCGGGCCAGCUGAGGACUGCUCUGAUCUAGAGGGCCAGUUCCACUUUCACCUCCGUGGACUUUUUGGGGUUCUGUCCAAGCUGACUGUGCAGGCUGACCAUCUCACAAAUCGUUAUAAAAGAGAAAUUGGUGGUGGCAGUCUGCUAAGAUAGGAACAAUGACCUAGACCUGAUACUGACUUAUUGCUGAAGCUUUUUUUCCCCUGGGAGGUAAUGGACAAGCACUGGGCUAAGAGACCAAGAUUGCUUCUUGGGCUAUCUGAAUUUGAUUUGAUAAUCUCUUUCUGAGCAGUGAUGCACCUAAACUUUGGUCACUUUCCAGCUGCACAAAUAGUCAUGUGUCCUGCUCUGAUUAGUUAAACUGAGAUUGUGUGGGUUGAAAAGGGCAGUGAAAGUACAUCUUAUUGCUGUUGAAGUCUCAUUCUGGCCUUAUCAAGUCCCUUCAUUUCAGAAUGUGUAUUGGAGGGCCUUGAUGCUAUAUGGCUUUAAAAACCUGCUAUAGAUGUGGUAAGAAAGUGCUUUGAGUUUGGGACUUGUUGGGGGAAACCUUGAAUGCUGGUAAUUCUGUUUCUUCCUUUACAUUUAACCUGAAUUCGGUAGUAUUUAGUUUGGUCAACUCUACUCAAUGAGCUUUAACAAGAUUCAUUUUAGCGUACUGCAUCUGCACUCCUCAAGCAGAAAUGGUGUGCCUUGUUUUUUGCAUACAAGGGAUGCAUUUCCUGUUCAUUGCAUCAGUCUGGCCUGUCUGAACACUUUUGUUACUACUUAUUUUAAGGAAUUUGUUUGUUCUAAAAUUUCUAAUUUUAUAUGAAUUGUAAAGCAGUAUGAAUAUAAAAUAAAGUAGACUUUUUUUUUACA